AUGACUCCUGAAGCAAAAAUUUGUAUGGUACAACAUCUCCAGAGGCAAAGGACUGGGUUCGAUCCUGCACUUCCUGUCAAAUCUCCAAAAGUCAGUGACAUAUCGAAACAGGCCACGGAACUUUCCACCAGCCGCAGAGGUGUUUUGCACACAUCCACGUCGACGUAUUUCCUCCUGCUCUGCUCUACUCUCUGGGUGGAUUUCGAGAUUCGGCAUCUCUUUCAUUUCGCAGCUCUGGGACAGCUAUUCGGCACAUCCAUCUAUCACACCACUGCCUACAACCCAGAAGCUAAUGGCAUGGUAGAGCGUUUCCACAGAACCCUGAAAGCUGCCCUGAUGUUUCAAUGUAGCAACUCAAUGUGGUUUUCGCAACUUCCCUGGGUCCUUCUCGGCCUCGAACGACCCCAAAGGAAGGGCUCAAAGUCUCCCCCAGCAGAGAUGAGAUGUUUCUUCCCCAAUGCUCCAUCCAGGACGACAACGCCAGACUACGACGCAUCGUCGGAUAGUUCGACCCACCCUGCAAACAGACCUACAGGCCACCCAAACACCGUUACAUCCCCAAAGAUCUACGCACAACGAAAUAUCCUCUGCACAGAAGUCCACACGCCUCCCCUCACCCUUCCCUAUUCUGGCCCAUAUGAAGUCAUUGAUAGGAAGAAUUAA